UGAAAGAUAUAUAUUUUAGGUUAGGAAUAUUAGUUUGCACGUGUUUGUCAAUAUAAUUAUUUAAAUUUGGUUAAAAAUGGGUAAAAAUAAUAGACAUAAAAAGCUGUUAAAAUCAGAACGUGCAAAAGUUAAACUUAAAGGAAAAACCUUACCAAAAGGAACAAAUGUAACUAAUACAACUUUCAAAGUACGGAAAAUAAUAAUUGGAGAGCAGUUAAAAAAUGUUGGAGUGAACAAAGUUGAUAUCGCCACGCAAAUCAAAGAUUGCUUGUCCAAGCUCCGACAUCACAACCAUAAAAUUUGCAUGGGAUCAUUAAAUAAUCUGAAAUGUAUUUUAACCAAAUAUUCUGUUGACAUCAUAGAUAAUCAGUUUAGUCCAAUUUUGAAAAAAUUUAUCUAG